AUGCAGAACAAGGUGACAGUCAUUCCCAUACACAACAGAGAAAUGAGGAAGCUGUUGUACAGAAAGAACACAGCAAGGAUUAUGCAGAAAUUGAGGAGAAGCCUAAAAUGCAAACAACAACAAGCAAUGGAAAAGAGAGCAGAACAUACACACACAAAGAAGAGAAAGAAAGAGGAAGUCCAUUUUGAGAAAUUUAUGGAUAUUCGUAAGAAAAUUCAUAUAAACAUACCACUAGUGGAAGCUUUGAAGCAAAUGCCAAAUUAUGUGAAAUUCUGGAAUGAUGUACUCCCUAAUAGAAGGAAGUUCCAAGAAUUUAAGGUGGUGUCACUAGAUGAAGAGUGUAGUGCAAUAUUGAAGAACAAUAUCCCACUAGAAGAGAAAGACUCUAGGUACACUAUUCCCGUAUCAAUUAGAGGAAAGGAGCUAGGAAGAGCAUUAUAUGACUUGGAAGCAAGCAUCAACUUAAUGCCUCUAUCCAUUUACAAGAAGUUGGGGAUUAGAGAGGCUAGACCGACUACAGUCACCUUACAACUAGUCGAUAGGUCCAUCAUUCAUUUCGAAGGAAAGAUUGAGGACAUCUUAAUUCAAGUUGACAAAUUCAUAUUUCCUGUAGAUUUUAUCAUUUUAGAUUAUGAAGUCGAUCAUGAUGUACCAAUUAUUUUGGGGAGGCAAUUUUUAAAGAUCGGAAGAACAUUAGUAGAUGUCUACAAAGGAAGCAUCACGUAA